CCGGCAUUGAGGAUGGGCGUCAAAUCGGUCGGGGCCGUGAAAUGCCGAGGAUUACGAACUGCGUCGGUUAUAGCGACUGCGACAGGCCAUACGAUGUCGAGGAGGUGUCAGCUUUCGAGAACCUCCCGACCGGGCUCCCAUAAAGAGCCCAGCAACGUCGUGGGUUGUCACCUCGAGGGCGCUACAAGAUGGGAAUCGUGAAUGCGGAUUUUACCUCAGGGUGGCCGGUAGUCAGGUGGGAAGAUGCUGACCGGAUUUCAGACUGAGAUGGAUGUACUCUCAAGGAAAAAGUGGCGAACGCCUAGACCCAAAGACAAAUUGCUCACCGUCCAGUAACUAUACCAAACAGUGCAGCCGUCAUGAAAUCCAGCCUCUGCGCUCUACUCACGAGGUCCGAUGCGCCACACUAAAUCCUUCGGGAUCGCAGCUUCCACAGUUUCAAUCACGUUUUGCGACGAUGAACACCGCUGGAAAGUCGGGUCAAAGCAGUUGCUUGGAAGCAAUUGAAUGGUCACGUGCGUUUCUUGUUUCACAUGAGCUUGCACGAGGAUUGCACGGUCACGAGAUAUACCGAUGCGGUCCGCGACCCCCAGUGACGCGUUUUCAUGAUGAACACGAUCACAUGAUCAGGAAGCGGUGUGCUGUCAUAAGGACUCCAGUCCACGACGGUGGAGUGUGAGAGCCAGUACCUGGAUUUCUGACAGAAAUCAUGGGCUACUGUUCUAUUUGCGUCUUGCCCGCGCUUCGCGAGUUCCCCGCUGUGGGGCCUGGUGGCCGGCUGGAUGUUGAAGCGCUCCACUUCCCCGGUCCGCGGUCCAUGGACGCAAAUAUUCGAGGAAAUCCCGAGAUAUCUGACCCAUGCGUUGGUCGGGGAUAGGGUCUACGAACAAUGCGUUCUCCGCCUGGGCUCCAGCGUUCACCGUUUCAUUACAGGCAAGCGAGGAGCUUUCAGCCAAUGCCGUGCAUUCUCACAAGUCUCGACGGGCAUCCCUCGCCGCACAGUGCACAUAUGACUUCCUAACGUAAUCCCGAGUGCUGGAGAGUAUAUAGACUCUCCCCCGAAAAACAGUUCGUCAGACUCACUGAACAACAACAUGAAGAUUUCCGUUCUCGCUUUCCUCUUUGCAGCCACCGCUGUCUUCGGCCAGAGCAUCGAAAUCGGUGCGCCCGCGGAUGGCGCCACGGUCAAGGCAGGAUCAGCGCUCGUGGUGGAAGUCGACCGCCCCGACACCAUCACCGGUUCAACGGAAGUGGCAGUUGUGAUCGCCGUCCGCUCUUGCGUAGGCAGCCCUUGUCCGUCGCCCGCCGACGUCCUGGGAACUGUCCUGUACAACGGCGGCUACAACCCCAUGUUCCACACCAAUGUGACACCCAGCAAGCCUCCAUAUCAGAACCUGACGGUCACCAUUCCGGCGAACCUGGCCAAGGGCCCGGCGCAGCUCAACGUCGCGCACGUCACGUUGAUUGGAGCCGGCCCGUUCCCGUUCUUAGAGACCCGCAAUGUCUCUUUGAAUAUCGUUUGAAGUGAUUGUUACAUAGCACAAAGCUGCAAAAUUAAAGGUUGCAAAAAAUUUCAUAUUCUCGGUGGCGUCA